GGGCAUGCUCAGUGCUCUGGCCCGACUUUGACCACCCCCAGGCAGCAAUCUACCAACCGAGUGAGCAAGUCCCCAGUGCCCGGGUCCCUUUAAAACUGGCUGGCCUGUUGCCAGGCAACAGUGCGGCCUGAGCUGGCGCUGCACUGCAGAGGCUCUGGCCAGAGCGGGCCAGUGGAUCGCUGUGGCCAGCGCCUAAGGAGGGGCUGCCGCCUGUCGGUCGUGGCGGGCCUUUGGGAAGAGAGACAAGGAUCCUCCGACCGCACCCACACUUCCAGGAUCUGGGAGACGUGCUGAAAGAUAUGGAUGAUCAAGGAAAACAGUGGAAAGAAAAUACGUUUGUGCCUCAUGUUAAUGGAAAGGAUAUCAUAGAAGAGGAUUUCCAGGCUGAAUCUUCUUCUGAACAGAUAGCUGUGGAGAAGACUAAGAAAAUGGAAGGAAACCAUAAUUUCUCUGGUAGCAAGUUUCAACAAGAAAAGGAAUCUAAGGAGAAAGAAUAUAUUUCCCAACUAAAUCAAAGAGAGAAUGAACCAAAUUUAAGAGAAAAAGCGAGUAACAUGUCCAAGAAUGAAGCAGUCACAAAUUCUGCCUCUUGUUCAUCAUAUAAUUUGGAUGCUGUGAGCAAAGAAAACUUUAACAGAGCUGGACGUCUAUCUCCCUGGCGCAAAGAAGAAUUCCCAACUUUAUCACGACACAGUACAAAAAAGAAAUUGACCAAAGGAAUAUCGCCCAAACUUAACCUGUACCUUUUGAAUGAAGCACUGGAGGAACUCAAUAUAAAAUGCAGAAAAAUAGAAGAAGAUUUUGAAAAUUCUGAGAAAGAACUUUUGAAUUCCAAAAAAGAAGGCUCUACAAAAUCACUAAAUUUUCAAGAGACAGAGACAGACACUCUGUCAGAGGAGUUGGCAAUUCAAGCUUUAAAAGAUGAACUAUCUGAAAAAGAAACGGAUGUGAAAAACUUGACUGAAGAGCUCCAACAAGCCAAUGAACUCAUCCACAAGUUGAAUCUAGAGAAUCGAUGUUUAAAACAAGCACUUAAGAAGCUACAAUGUCAGAAUGAACUAGGAAAUGCACUCCUGCAAGAAGAAAUGCAAUUUUGCUAUGAAUUAGAGGUGGAAAAGCUUCACGGUGAGCUGAAUGUCAUCAAGAAUGAACUGAAAGUUGAGAAGACCCUGCAGGCGAGAAAUAACAGUGCCCUCGACUGGCUUACUUCCGUGCUCAAGUCAUCAAGUACCUUUGACCACUUUUCUGGGGAACUUUAAAUUGAAUAAAGCCUUUCAUUAGGCAAGCUAUUGAGCCAAACCAAUGUUUAUUGUACUGCUUUGUGUGUUACUCAAAAUGUAAUAGAAUAUAAUUUUCACUUUCGCUGAAUCAGAGUAUCUGUAAAACAUAUAGAUGUUAACUUCAAAGCUUAUUUCUAAUGAAGUCAUUGAGAGGUUCCAAAUGGAAAUGAAGCUUCAGAAAUCUUUUUUAUAUACACAUAAAAAUAUGUACGUAUGUUUCACUCAAAAACACACAGUCAUUUGCUAGAACAUUUAUGAAUACAAAUCAACAAUUAUUUCAUGAUCUUGUGAGCAAUAUGUUCUUGCCACAUGAAUAUUUCUCAUCUGUGUUCAUUGAUAUUA